GGAGCGGCCCCGCAGCAGCCCCGGAGCAGCCCCGCAGCGGCCCCGCGGCCGCCAUGGCGCUGGCGCUGAAGAUGCUGCCCUGCAAGAAGCGCAGAGCGGCGGCGGCGGGGCCGCCGAGCCCGAGGGAGCGCGGGGAGGACGCGGAGCUGCCCGGAGGCUCCGCCGCCACCGGAGCUGCCGAUGGCGGCGGCUCGGCCAGGCCCGCGGGGAGGGGGCCCGGGGAGGCCUCGCCGAAGGGCGGGAGGAAACCCCCCGGGAGAGUGGCCCCGGGCCCCGGGCAGGAGCUCCCCGCGGGCCCCGGCAGUCCGGCGGCGGAAGGGAAAAUCCCUAAGCUGUACACAGAGGUGGAAGUGAGUUCCCAGCGGGAUCCAUAUCCAAGUGAAAGCCCUGGUGCAGUGCCAGAGUCUCCAGGGAGAAGCUCCCUGCAGGUGGCUGCCAGAAAUCCCACCACGAUGAAGCCACCGAAGAACACCAGAGCUGAGGAGCAGGAUGGGGAGGAUGUCGAGAGGAGAAAGAGGAGGAGGAAGGCGACCAAAAGGAAAAGAGAAGGGAAAGGCCUGGAAGAAGAGGGCUCCUUGUCCUGUGAUAUCAAACUGGACGAGUCCCUGGAUCGCACCCUGGAAGAUGGAGCCAAACAGCACAACCUGACUGUGGUCAACGUGAGGAACAUCCUGCACGAGGUGAUCACAAAUGAACACGUGGUGGCCAUGAUGAAAGCAGCCAUCAGUGAGACAGAAGAUAUUCCUUUAUUUGAGCCCAAAAUGACUCGUUCCAAACUGAAGGAAGUUGUGGAGAAAGGAGGAGUGAUCCCAACGUGGAACAUUUCUCCAAUUAAGAAGGCAAACGAGAUGAAGCCACCUCAGUUCGUGGACAUUCCUCUGGAGGAAGAUGAUUCCUCUGAUGAAGAAUACCAGCCUGAUGAUGAAGAUGAGGAUGAGACUGCAGAAGAGAGCUUGCUGGAGAGCGAUGUGGAGAGCACGGCUUCUUCUCCUCGUGGAGCCAAGAGGUCCAGGACAAGGCGCUCCUCUGACGAGGAGGGAGGGACACUCUGUGAGAUGGAGAAGGUCACAACACCUGUUGUGAGACACAUUAGUGCUGAAGUGGUUCCCAUGGGACCCCCACCACCUCCCAAACCCAAGCAAACCAAAGACAGCACCUUCAUGGAGAAGCUGCAUGCAGUGGAUGAGGAGCUGGCCUCGAGCCCUGUCUGCAUGGAUUCCUACCAGCCCCUGGAGGACAGCCUGAUCGCCUUCAGGACCCGCUCCAAGCGGCCGCUGAAGGACGUUCCCCUGGGGCAGCUGGAGGCCGAGCUGCGCGCGCCCGACAUCACCCCCGACAUGUACGACCCCAACACCGCCGACGACGAGGAGUGGAAGAGGUGGCUCGGGGGGCUCAUGAAUGAUGAUGUGGAGAAUGAAGAUGAGGCUGAUGAUGAUGAUGACCCUGAGUACAAUUUCCUGGAAGAUCUGGAUGAACCAGACACAGAAGACUUUAGGAAUGACCGUGCUGUGAGAAUCACGAAAAAGGAAGUGAAUGAGCUGAUGGAGGAGCUGUUUGAGACAUUCCAGGACGAGAUGGGCUUCUCCAACAUGGAAGAUGAAGGGUUAGAAGAUGACGAUGUUGUUACAGAGUCUCGGCCAAAUUUUAACACCCCACAGGCCCUGAGAUUUGAGGAGCCUCUGGCCAAUUUGCUGAACAAGCAGCACCGGACAGUGAAGGAACAACUGGAGCAGCUGAGAAUGAAAAAGUCCUCCAUCAAAGCACCCCCAGAGAGUGAAAAAUCAAAACCCCCAAAUGAGAAGCCCCUCCAGAGCCUUGUUCUGGACAGUGCACAGAGAAAGAGGCUCCAGCAGCAAAUGCAGCAGCAUGUUCAGCUUCUGACUCAAAUCCAUCUCCUGGCAAGUUUCAACCCUGCUCUAAGUUCAGAGGCCAGCACCACCCGGAUGUUUUUGAGCGAGCUCGGGAGCUUUGCCCGCAGCUCCACCCUGCUCCGGGUGCCCCUGAACCCCAAGUUCCAGACCAUGUUCCAGCCCUGCAACUUGCAGGGGGCCCUGCAGCUCAUCGAGGACUUCCAUGCCCAGGUCCCAGUGGACUGGAGCCCUCGGAAAGCUGUGAAGAAGAAUGCAAGUGAAUUCUCAUGUUUGCCAAAGCAAGUGGCUUGGAUUUUGGCAACGAGGAAAGUCUUUAUGUACCCAGAGCUGCUGCCAAUUUGUUCCUUGAGAGCAAACUCUCACCGGGACAAGAUGGUCUUCACCAAGGCAGAGGACAACUUGUUGGCUUUAGGGCUGAAACAUUUCGAAGGGACUGAUUUUCCGAAGCCUUUGAUCAGCAAAUACCUCCUGCCCACCAAAACUGCCCAUCAGCUGACAGUGAGGAUCAAGAACCUCAACAUGAACCGAGCCCCUGACAACAUCAUCAGGUACUACAGGAAGACAAAGCAGCUGCCUGUGCUGGUGAAGUGCUGUGAGGAAAUCCAGCCCCACGAGUGGAAGCCGCCCGUGGAGAGGGAAGAGCAUCGCCUGCCCUUCUGGUUAAAGGCAAGCUUGCCCUCCAUCCAGGGGGAGCUGAAGCAGCUGGCAGAAGAUGCCAAGGAGACACCAUCUUCACCUGAUGCAGAAUCUGUCCUUUUGGGGGCAGAAGAGGAGACUUCAGACACGGAAUGUGAUGACAAAUACCCUCUGCUGAUGCCCAAGGGGCUCGUGCUGACCCUGAAGCCUUUGGCCAACCGGUUCUCCAGGAGGGCCUGGAGGAGGCAGAGGUCAUCAUCUCUGAAGCCAGUCCUGAUCCGCCCCAGUCCCUGUCUGCAGCCCAGCUCCAGCCCCAUCAGCAUCCAGAAAACCGUGAAGUUGUCCCAGUCAGAGGCUCCCCCCAGCAAGGUGCGGGUCAAGGUCCCUCGGCCCAUUAAACCGGCGCCGCUGGUGCCGGCGGUGCAGCCCAUGAACGUUCCAGCAGCGGUGGGAGGUGGGGAUGGCUUGGAAUUCCAGAAUGUGCUUCCCACUGCCCAUCCAGACUCCAAACAAGCCUACCCAGCUGCUGUAUCCCCAGCGCUGCUGUCGUCGGAGCCGGUGACUUGCCAGCCCAAGCUGAUGCUGCCGGCCUUGGCCGGGACGAAAAUGCGCAAACCUUGUGUGCGAAAGGGUUACCAGAGGAAAAAAGGGACAAGAUCUGCCCCACUGAUCAAACCUUCCCCUCUGAUCCAGCCCUCCCCCGUCAUCCUGACUGUCCCUGCCACCACGGUGAAGGUGGUUAACAUUGGCAAUGGCUGCAACAUGAUCCAGCCCCUCAACGCGGCGGUGGGCCGAGGCACUCAGGCCAUUCCCGUCACAACCCUGCUGGUGAAUCCAUCCACCUUCCCAUGUCCAUUAAAUCAGCCCCUGGUCACCUCUUCCAUCCCAUCGCUGAUUGUUUCCCCCAGCCCCGUUGGUCUGUCUGCACCUGCUGUGGGUGAAGGGGAGGAGCAGCUGACCCUGGUCUCUGCUCCCGGUGCUUUCCCCGCGGCGGAGCCCAAGCCGGAGCCCCCGGAGCUCUUCGCUCCCUGCUCCGCCGUGUCCCCCAAGGAGGAGUGUGGGGCAAACCCUGCCACUUCCCAGGAGGGCACUCAGGACAAGGGCAGCAAGGGUGAGUGCUGCAGCUGGGCAGUGGGACAGGGAGAUGGGAACACGUCCGAGCCGCUGCCCGUGGAGCUCUUGCCUCACUUAGAAGAUCCUGACAAAUCGGUGAAAAUCGAGCCCGAAGAUUCAAGUGAUGCUCCCAAAGAAGCAACCCUGGCACAGAAGAGGGAUCUUUUAUGUGCUGAAGGGAAGGAUGAGUUCAUGCUGGGCCUUGGCCAGGAGCUGAACAUGGAGGCUGCGUGUUCCUGUGGGGAUGAGCCCAAGAAGGAGGAGAAGGGAGAGGAGGAGCGCCGGGCUCUGCCGUCCCCUCCCCAGGGCGAGCAGCAGGGGGAGGCAGGGCCGGCUGCUGGGCCACCAGCCAGCAGUGACUCUCCAAAGAACCUCCCUUACCCAGCAGAGGGGGAGGCAGAGUUCAGCAGCCCCCCAGGAAGACCAGAGGACUCGUCCAGCAUUGAUGGUCAGUCCGUGGGGACACCGGCCGGCCCCGAGGCCGCAGGAGAGAGGGAAGGGCAGGAAGAAGAGGAAGAAGAUGACUUUGAUGAUUUUACACAAGACGAGGAUGAGGAAAUGUCAUCAGCCUCAGAAGAGUCUAUUCUGUCAGUGCCAGAACUGCAGGAGACAAUGGAAAAACUUACUUGGCUUGCAACAGAGAGACGUUUAAGCCAAGAAGGAGAUUCUGAAGAAGAGAAUUCCCAGGAGGAGAACUCUGAGCCUGAGGAAGAGGAGGAGGAGGAAGGGGAAGGAAUAGAGAGUUUACAGAAAGAUGAUGAAAUAUGUGGAGAUGUAUCAGAGGAGCCUAAAUCUGCCUUCACCAUGGCCAAGGCAGCUUCCCCACAGGUGGAAGCCCACAGGAUGCCAGCAGGAGAGAACCUGAAACCCCCUGGGAAGAGCAGGAGCUCCCACAGGACCAGGAGCAAGCGGGGCCGGGCUCGUGCCAGCAAGGACACGUCCAAGCUGCUGCUGCUGUACGACGAGGACAUCCUGGAGAGGGAUCCCCUGCGUGAGCAGAAGGACCUGGCCUUUGCCCAGGCCUACCUGAGCAGGGUGCGGGAGACACUGCAGCACAUCCCGGGGAAAUACGAAGAUUUCCUGCGCGUUAUCUACGAGUUUGAGAUCAGCACGGACAAACGGACAGCUGUGGAUCUCUAUGCCACUCUGCAGAAACUGCUGCACGACUGGCCACAGCUGCUCACAGAUUUUGCUGCCUUUCUUUUACCAGAGCAAGCUUUGGAAUGUGGGCUGUUUGAGGAGCAGCAAGCCUUUGAGAAGAGCCGGAAGUUCCUCAGGCAGCUGGAGAUCUGCUUUGCUGAAAAUCCUGCCCACCACCAAAAGAUCAUCAAAGUCCUGCAGAGCUGUGCAGACUGUCUGCCCCAGGAGAUUGCAGAGCUGAAGACCCAGAUGUGGCAGCUGUUGAAGGGACAUGACCACCUGCAGGAUGAGUUCUCUGUUUUCUUUGAUCACCUCCGGCCCUCAGCCAGCCGCAUGGGAGAUUUUGAGGAGAUCAACUGGACGGAGGAGAAGGAGUAUGAGUUUGAUGGGUUUGAAGAGGUGUCUCUGCCAGAUGUAGAAGAGGAGGAUGAGCCACCCAAAAUUCACGGAGCCACCAGAAACAAGAAGCGGAAAGAGAUUGGAGGCCAACACCACGACAAGGAGCUCGAGUGGGUGGAUAAUGGGAUGAAGGAAUGUUCAUGUUCCUGCCAUGAAGGGAGUGGCGAUCUCAAGCUGAAGAAAAGCAAAAGGAGGAGCUGCAGCCACUGUGGGAGCAAGGUUUGUGAAAACAAAUUUUAUAAAAACAAAGAUUCUCAAGAGCUGCCUGCCAGCCUUGCUCAGCGAGAGCCAAGUCCCCAGCCAGAAGGGAAGGAUCCUGGAAUGUCAAAGGAGCCUGGAGAGGAAAGCCUGGAGAGCAGAGAAGAGGGAGAGGGUGUCCAGAGCAGAACAAAACCUGUCUCUAGGAAAGUGGAUUCUCUGGCUCCAGGUUUCUUACCAGGAUCUCACCUGGAAGGAAGAGUGGCCUCCAGCAGGGCUGAAUCUUGUGAAAAACCUGCCCCAGAAGGUGCCAGUGCAGGUGUGGAUGCUGCCAGGGACAGGGACUCUGCUGCCACUGGCCCCAGGUGGGCACAGCUACAAAAAGCUGCUCUGAAACUACCUCAAGAAACCAAAGACUGCCCUUGCACUGAGGGACUGAAGCAGCCUGGAGGGAAUGCAGAGGCUUCCCUGGGGCUGAGCAGGGACCUGCUGCUCUCUGCUGCAGCAAAAGCAUCACCGGGACCUCGACCCUCCUGCGCACGGAGCCCGUGUCAGACUGAGGGGCUCCAUUCUGCUGCAGCACAGCAGCCCAGGGGCUCUGCUCUCACCUCAGGAGGUGGCAAAGACCUCGAGGGAUCAUCUUUGCCCCUGGAAGGAAGAGCUGAAGCAAAGCAGGGCUGGAUCACAACGAGCAGCAAACCAACAGCGAGCGAGAGCUGCGGCUCAGGGCCGUCCCCCAGUGGCUGCAGUUUGGAGACGGAGGACAGAGGCUGCACUGGAGAUGCUCCCGAGGGCAGGCCAAGGUCAAAUGCAAGCAGCUGCUUCCAGGUGCAUCAGCAUCCUGAGCAGCUGGAGCCCAGAGCAGGCACAGCCUCCCCGGGGCAGAGGGAGGAGGAGCAGCAGCAGCAGCGAGUGACAGAGGCCACCGUGUGUGCCAAGAACAGCAAAGUCAGCUCCACUGGGGAGAAGGUUGUGCUCUGGACCAGGGAGGCUGACAGAGUCAUCCUCACCACCUGCCAGGAGAAGGGAGCCCACCUGGACACCUUCCACGCCAUCUCCCAAAAACUGGGCAACAAGACAGCGAGUGAGGUGUCCCACAGGUUCAGGGAGCUGAUGAGGCUGUUCCACACAUCCUGUGAUGGCAGCUCUGAAGAUGAGGAGGAUGCCACCAGCACCAGCAACACAGACCAGCUGUCAGAUAAAGAUCUUCUGCUUUCUGAGGAAGAACCUGAUGACUGAGGUGAUAAACUACUGACUGCACCAGAAGAGGGUUUUUUUUUUUGCCAGUUUGCUGCUAGACAGGUGCUGUGGAAAAAUGUUUGCACAGGUACUUGAGACAGCACCUUCUUUUUGGUUUUUUUUGUUUUUUGUUCAGUUUCCUGCUGCACUUCCAGCCUGUACCAAACCAAAGGCAGGAAGUAAGAUGAGAAUAUUCUCUAGAACCUCCCUGGGGAGCUUCAACAGUGAAAUAACAGAACUUGUGGACACUGAUCUGGGCUUGGGGUGAAGGUUGGGCCCAGCAGCCUCUGACCAGAACCUGUAAAUAUUGUACCCUAAAAAUGUCA